ACUACUAAAAAAUCAAUCUCAAUCACAAACCCAAAAAAAUUAACUCAGUAAUCGAAAAUACCAAAUAAUGAUAAAUUUUGUGUGGUAUUUGAUGGAUCCCAACAAUUAAACCAAACUUCCACCCCUAGUUUGGAACAAUAUUUUUGAUAUGACAAUCCUUGCUUGUUGGCCACUGACUUUUCAAGUAAUGAUUAAUUAAUAAUCAACUUAAAUUGCUACUCAUUAAAUAGGGGGACAACUAAUGCACAUAGACAUGGCUGCAUGGAAUAACUAAGUAUUUUUAUAGAUUUAAUAUGCCCAGUAGCUUUCGAUUACCCCUAACCAACCAGUGUCCAAAUAAAAAUUACUACUAAUGAAUUAAAGUAGCUAAAUUAGUAUCACCACUAUUCACACGACCUCACGCAAGAACUUCAUGUUAUAUUUCAUUAGUAGGCUUUGUUAUGGCCAAAUCAAUUAUGGUAUGUUCUUGUCCAAGUUUAAAGGUCGUUACACAUAGAAAUUUACACACGCACAAUGACUUACCAUCUAAUUGUAUGUUAAGCAUCUUUAAAAAAAAACUAUUUGUUAAUAUGAUUAGCUUCGAUUCAAUCGAAAUUGGAUGACCACCGUUACUUAAUUUCGUUAUUAUAGAUUUUGUAAUGUGUUUUGGAUUUUUUUCAAUAUAAUAAAUAUAUUCGUAUCCCAAAAGUUAACGAUAAGAGCGUUGGAGUUCAUAAUUUUAUUAAGAAAUAGAAUAAGAAUUCUCAUGUUUGUAAUUGUACCAUUCAUGUCAUUGUUGACGCGUUUAGUAAGAAACGAUUGGAUAGGAACGAGGACUUGUUUGUUAAAAUGUUAUAAUACAAGCUUAAAAGUAACACUUUGCCGGCUUCAUAGUCGUUACUAUGGCCUGUAAAAAUCACUCUUCAGUUAUCUUUGUUGGACAUGCGUAUGGAUGGGCUUUACUUCCGCGCUCCGCCCGCCAUUGGCAACACUCCCUUUCCCUCCACACAGAAGUUUCAGCAUUGUAACCGUCGCGAUUCCGGCCAGCACGCCCUGCAGGGACCACCGCCGUCGGUCUCCCUCUGCGCAGCAGCGUCUUACUCCAAUGGCCGCUUCGAUUUCUUCCGUCGGUUUCCCCGUUCCUCUCACCGUCCAUUCCUCCUCUCCAAUCGAAGACGGUAAAGCCUCUCUCUUCACAGUAUCCCCUCCGCCGAACCCAACUCUCAAAACCCCCACAAUCCGGUCUCGCCUCAGUAAAUUGUGCCAGGAGGGCAAACCCGAACUUGCCCGCCACCUGUUCGACACAAUUCCUCAACCGACGACUGCAAUGUGGAACACGAUCAUCAUUGGGUUUAUCUGCAACGACAUGCCCGUUGAAGCCCUCCGGUUCUACGGCGAGAUGAAGAAAGGUGGGUUUCCUACUACCAAGGGCGAUUACUACACUUACUCUUCUACGUUGAAAGCCUGCUCCCAGAGUCUGAAUCUGGGGGCCGGUAGAGCGAUUCACUGUCAUUUGAUUCGCUGCUUGGAGUAUCCGAGUCGGAUUGUGUAUAAUUCGCUGUUGAAUAUGUACUCCACGUGCUUGAGCCAAUUGGGCUCGUCGGGUGGCUCUGAGUUUUCGAAGUACGAUGCUGUGCGGAAGGUGUUUGAUACGAUGGGCAAGAGGGACGUUGUUGCUUGGAACAUUUUGGUUUCUUGGUAUGUCAAGACGGAGAGACACGUUAGAGCUGUUAGGCAGUUCAGGAGGAUGAUGAAAAUGGAAAUCAAGCCGAGUCCAGUGAGCUUUGUCAGUGUAUUUCCAGCCAUAUCAGCUAUGCAGGACCUCGACACUGCGAAUGUUAUGUAUGGACUGCUUGUUAAAUUGGGAGGUGAGUAUACGACUGACUUGUUUGUUGUGAGUUCAGCCAUUAUUAUGUACUCAGAGCUAGGCUGUCUCGAUUUGGCCAGGAAGGUUUUCGAUUGUUGUUUGGUGAACAAUACAGAGGUAUGGAAUAGCAUGAUUGGUGGGUAUGUGCAGAAUAACCGUCCACGGGAAGCAAUCAAUCUCUUUCUUCUUGCUACUCAAACGGGACAGACUGAUAACAUAUCUUUCCUUUCAGUUCUGACGGCUGUUUCACAGCUGCAAUGCUUGGACUUGGCUCAACAGCUGCAUGGUUUCGUCAUCAAGAACUUAGGUUCCCUGCCCGUGAUAAUACAGAAUGCUAUCAUAGUCAUGUACUCACGAUGUAACACUCUCCACACUUCAUUCCAUGUGUUCGGGCAGAUGCAGGAGAGAGACGUGGUUUCAUGGAACACGAUGAUUUCUGCUUUCGUGCAGAAUGGAUUUGAUGACGAAGGGUUGAUUCUUGUGUACGAGAUGCAGAAGCAGAAGUUUGCAAUUGAUCUGGUGACAGUUACUGCUCUGCUUUCUGCAGCAUCUAAUCUCAGAAACCUGCAGAUUGGGAAACAGACUCAUGCCUAUCUUCUCAGGCAAGAUAUAAAAUUUGACGGAAUGGACAGUUAUCUGGUCGAUAUGUAUGCUAAAUGUGGUUCGAUUAGAACAGCUGAAUAUAUCUUUUGGAGAAAUAUCACUAGAAGUGUUAAAGAUCAAGCAACAUGGAAUGCUAUGAUUGCUGGUUACACACACCAUGGGUUAGUCGAAGAAGCUUUGGCCACAUUUAACGAAAUGCUUCAGCAAGCUGUUUCACCCAAUGCCGUGACAUUAGCAUCAAUUCUUCCAGGUUGCACUCAAAUGGGAAGCAUCAAUCUUGGAAAACAACUCCAUGCUGUCUCUAUUCGCCAUUUGUUCGAGAACAACAUUUUCCUGAGCUCUGCUCUCAUCGACAUGUACUCAAAAUCAGGAUCAAUCAACUAUGCUGAAAACGUGUUCGCCAGAACCAGUGACAAAAACUCUGUCACAUACACGACGAUGAUCUUGGGUUAUGGCCAACACGGCUUGGGAAGCAAGGCUCUCUCUUUGUUUCACUCCAUGGGAGACUCUGGAGUUAAACCCGAUGCAGUUACUCUCGUUGCAGUUCUGUCAGCCUGUAGCCAUGCAGGACUGGUCGAUGAAGGCCUUCGGAUAUUUAACUCCAUGGAGAUGGAUUUCAACAUCGAGCCUUCAGUUCAGCAUUACUGCUGUGUAGCAGAUAUGUUGGGGAGAGUUGGAAGAGUAGUUGAAGCCUAUGAAUUUGUGGAACAGCUGGGUGAAAAGGGCGACGUUCUGCAAAUCUGGGGAUCGGUUCUUGGGGCCUGCAGGCUUCACGGAUGCAGUGAAUUGGCAGAAACGGUUGGUGAAAAGAUCCGUCAACUAGAGGAAGCAGCAUUACAUGGUGGGGUGGGAGGUUAUCAGGUCCUGAUGUCCAAUAUGUAUGCAGGAGAAGGAGACUGGAGAAACGUCGACAGAGUGAGGAAAGAAAUGAAGGAAAAGGGUUCGAUGAAGUUGGUUGGUCGCAGUUGGAUUGAUAUCGGAGGUCAUGUUGCUCGCUUCUCAUCUAAAGAUCAAGACCACCAUCAGUUCGAUGAGAUAUAUGGAACUUUGGAAGGUCUGGCCUUGGAAAUGAAGCAUUCCGGUGCCUGAAAAUGGCCAUUGCUCGAUUUGAACAGGUUUAGCUCAACAUUGAUUGAAACCAUCUGUGCUUAAAUCAACCAAAGGUAUGAGGAUUGCCAUUUGGCUACCUCCUGAAAAUGGCCAUUGCCAUUGCAGUCGUUAACCGAGAGCAGCCCGAUUGCAGCAGCGUGUGGUAUCAAGCACAAAAGAGUACAGCCUGCCGAGCCGCUUGGAGUUAAACCAGAUACCCCAAAGCUUGCACAAAGUAUACCAGUUGAAGAAGCACUAAUGUAACAUGAAAAGGACGGUACGCCUCCCAGCUUUCAUUAGUGUAAAGUCUACAGUACAUAGAAAUUAGAAUAUUGAUCUUUAGAACAAUAUUUACAAAACCAUAUUCAUAAAACCAUAUUGUAUCAGCUUUCAAUUUAGUCUUUUUAGUGGAAAAACAGGGUGUGCUUAAACCAGAGACAUGAUCAUAAGUCAUGGGCACCACCUUUUUUAUUUCUUCUUUAAAAAAGGAGUGGUGGAAAUCACUUGUUUGAGGUAAUGAUCAUUAGGAGGAAAUUUAAUAAUGGGUUGGUUUCAUCAUUAGUUUUUGAUCAACUAUUCAUCCGACAUUUACAUUAUGCUGCAAUAUUAGAUUAGGGUUGGACUAAUUUCUUAUGAUUUAGCCGUUGCAAUCAGGUGAGUUUCUCUAAGCGUUAUAUUUAAACAGAUCAUACAAUGAUCAAUUACGAACAAGAAUAGCAUCCAACUAGUUUCUUUGUGAUUUAGCUGUUAAUUAUGGGAAAGGCAACUCCUUUAAGAGUUCAAAAGGACACUCCAAUUAUCACAUCUAAGGUCACAAAGUUUGUAGAAGUAAUGUGGAGAAAUGAAAUGGAAUAUUUUAC